AUGUACAGAAUAAUAUCAGAACAUAAUGUUGUUGUUGAUGAUGGUGCAACUAAAUCUCCAGCAAAUGCCGCUGUGGCCAAUGACAGUGCCAGCUUUGCAGAUGAAUUACGCAGUCAAUUCAAAGCUUUCGCAUCAGCAUUUGAAUCCGAAUUUGAUUCCUUUAAGUCAGAUAUUCGCAACUAUGUCCAAGAAAUGGAAAAACGCGUUUGUGAUACAAUGUCUUCUCUUGAGCGGGAAUUUAAUAGCCGUGUUAAAAAAGUUGAAGAAGACAUACUAAGCUGUCUAGCUGUUACCAAACAACUAGAGACAACAUUUAAAAACAAUGUUAGCGAACUACAAACUCAUAAUGAUAUAUUGCAGAGAAGACUCAACCGGGCUGACAUAGUCAUCAACGGUUUACCAGAUGGCAUUCGUGAUUUAAGACAACCUAUAACAAAAAUAUUUGCAUUUUGCAACGUCACGGUAUCUUCUGCCGAUAUACAACACAUUUGCUACAUGUCGAAGGGCAAAUCUGUGCUGGUAAAAUUGAACUCAGUCUACCUACGAGACACAAUUAUGGCAAACUAUCACAAGAGCAAUCAAAUUUUAUUAAAUGAUAUUGUUGGUGGAGAUGUGAAUAGUAGGGUUUAUCUUAAUGACCAUUUGACCCAAACAUCAUCCAAGCUAUUAUACCUAUGUCUAUCGGUCACAUUAGCAAAUGGAAUGUUGGAUGAAUUGGAUAUGAAUCAGUGCGCUCAUUUGCUAGACGUCAGCUGCGGAAAUGUUUCGACUUCUGAACCGAGUAGUGCGGCUAUAUCUACUUAA